ACCCCCUUUAUAGCGGGGCUGGCCGGACAGCGGCGUCUCACUUCAGCUUUUGCUCCUUGACAGCUGGAGACCCCUGCGGUGAGCGGCACGCACUGAGCAAACGGCACUGAGCACGGGGGGAAAGAAAGUUACAAAAAGGCGUAUUAGAAUAGACUGAGACUCGAGUAUGGCCACCAGCACGGCUACCUACGCUUCGCUGCGCUCCUACGCUCUUCUACACGUGCUGCCGUUCCUGUUGGCGAGCGCUGCGCAGCGAGAGGGGACUUUCUACUUGUGGAUCGAUGCGCAUCAAGCCAGGACACUGAUAGGUUUCGAGGAAGAUAUUUUAAUUGUGUCCGAGGGAAAAAUGGCUCCGUUUACUCACGAUUUCAGGAAAGCGCAGCAGAGGAUGCCAGCGGUUCCUGUCAAUAUCCAGUACAUGAAUUUCACAUGGCAAGCCACUGGCCAGGCAGAGUAUUAUUAUGAAUUCCAGACUUUGCGAUCUUUAGACAAAGAUGUCAUGGCAGACCCAACAGUGAAUGUGCCACUCCUUGGAACUGUUCCUCACAAACCCUCAGUAAUACAGAUCGGUUUUCCAUGCCUUGGAAAUCAAGAUGGUGUGGCUGCUUUUGAAGUUACAGUGAUUAUAAUGGAUGAAGAAGGGAAUGUUAUCCUUAGAACUCCACACAAUGCCAUUUUCUUCAAAACCUGCCAAAGAGCCAAAUGUCCAGGUGGAUGCCGAAAUGGGGGAUUCUGCAAUGAAAGGCAUGUAUGUGAAUGUCCAGAUGGGUUUUAUGGUCCACACUGUGAAAAAGCUCUGUGUGCUCCACGAUGUCUGAAUGGUGGAUUGUGUGUUAGCCCAGGCAUGUGCAUUUGCCCACCAGGCUAUUAUGGAGUGAAUUGUGACAAAGCAAACUGCACUCGAACUUGUCAAAAUGGAGGAACCUGCUUUCACCCUGGAAAAUGUCUUUGUGCUCCCGGUUUUGAAGGUCAACAUUGUGAGAUCAGCAAAUGUCGUCAGCCAUGCAGAAAUGGUGGAAAAUGUAUCGGAAAAAAUAAAUGCAAAUGCCCAAAAGGUUUUCUGGGAGAUUUUUGUUCAAAAGGAAAUCGAGCUGGAGUGAUGACUGCCCAGAGAGCUGCAAGCGCCAAGCACAAGCUUCACCCUGCAUCCACCAAAGAUGUGGACAGUGGCAAGACUCAACCUGAGACCAAUUACAUCUUGUGAGAACGGAAUAUAGAGACAGCAUGACCGCAGGUGGUGCCCUGCUAGCCUUUUAAUCUUUUCACUAUGAUGAAGACUAAAGACCUCAACAACUGGGCUUACUUGCUCUAAGGUGAUCCUAAAUCAUUGCCCAGUUCCGAGGUUUGAUUUUCUGUUUUUACUGAUACUCCUUAUUGUAAAAGGGAAUGAUCAGUCCCUAAGAUGGUUUGUAUGAGAGAUACAUACUGGAUGUUGGCUCUUGAAGGUUGGUCUGAAAAGUAUAAGUAUUUUAUACAUAAAUAUUUGCUGUUCUUAAUCUUUAUUAUUUCUGCAUAUUUACGUCUAAAGUGUAAGUAUGUCAAUUGUAAGAAACUGCAUAUAAUUUUAAAACUUUAGUUAUUAGUGAUUUAUGUUAGGUAUUAGAAAAGUUUAUAAAAUGACUUGAAAAAGA